AUGAACUAAACUUUUUUUUUGGAUUUUUAGACUCCAAAGAUUUCCAAUAAUUUUAAUUAAAUAAUGUAUUUACCCACAUUUUACAAAUUAGGAUACGAAGCUUGGACUGCCAAGACUAAGAGAUUUAUGGGAAUUAUGCCAGCUGUUGGAUGCUGGGGUAUAUUUUAUAUUUCUAUGAAAUUAUAGCUGUCUGGGCACUCUACCCAAAUCUUUACAACACAUUAUAUACUGAUUUCAUUCCCCCUCCCAAAGGUAAUUUUAUGUUCUAAAUGAAGGUGUCUAAAGAAGAGUAUAAGAUGCAUGA